UCGUACGGCGAAGGAAAACUAUUCAGUGUUGAUUAGAUCGUUGGGUUGAAUACGUUGUCCAAUUUUCUUGUGAUCAUAAAAUGAGUUUCAACGCGGAUGAACUAGAAGCCCCAGAAUGGGUCAAUUCUGAUUUUCUGAAAAAAGUUCUUGAAUAUAAUGGAGAUCUGAAAAAUGUGGCGAUCAAUGACUUCCAUAUAUCUCCAGCUACCGCUCUUGGUGAUCACUUUGCCAGCAUCAUGUUCCGAGCAAAGAUUAAAUUUUCAACACAAGAGCACUCGAACCGGGAACGCUCGAUAAUCAUCAAAACUUUGCCAGUCGUUGAUGGAGUGAAAAAGGAUAUGUUAGGCAAAAGCGAGGUAGACUUUUUUGGCACUGAAAUGUUCAUGUAUUCCAACGUGCUGAGUGAAUGCGGAAAAAUUUUGAGGAAAUCUGGCUAUAAUGACUUAUUGGCUCCAAAAAUGAUUUACCAAUCAUCGGAACCACAAAAGACUAUAGUUUUUGAGGACCUAAAGGAGCUAGGAUAUUUUAUGUUCCCAAAGAUAAUCCCAAAUGAAAAUGAUACCAAAUUAAUUUUCUCCAAAUUGGGACAAUAUCAUGCGGCUGCAUUCAAGCUGGCGGCAGAGGGUACCAAAGGUCUCAAUCGAAAAGGAGGACUUUUCAAUUUAGGGAGCAUGGAGAUGUUAAAUAUGUUUCGGGAUCAGUUAUCAUUUUUUAAGGAAUUAGUGGAAACAUUGCCCGGUUUUGAAGAAGCUUCAGAAAAACUGUCCAAAAUCACUCUUGACAAAGUCUUUGAAAAAUGCCGACAAGCUGUCAAUGCACCUGGUUCUUAUGAGGUCCUCAAUCAUGGAGACUACCACAUCAAAAACAUGAUGUUUAAGGGGAAAAAUGGAACAGAUGUUUCAGAAAUCGUGCUGGUUGACUUCCAAAUAUGCCAUUGGGGUUCGCCGGCCUAUGAUGUUGUUUAUAUGUCAGCUGUCAUUCCACCUAACAUGCGAUCGGAAGCAUACAAGCAUUAUUUCGAUACAUUCAUCGAUGUCCUGAAGAAAUCUGAUUACGACGGACCUUUACCUACAUUCGAACAACUGCAAAAAGAUUUGAAAUCUUAUAGAUGUUUGGAAUUAUUUUUCUUGGCAACAUUCACAUCGUUCCUGUGUGCAGAUAAAGCCCAAAUAAAAGACGACUUGGAUACUCUUUUUACGAAUUCAAACCUGUUCAAAGCAUUUUACCAUCAACCGACCUACAUUUCUUAUGUCAAAAAGUUAUUACCAGCCUUGUUACAAGAUGGCGUCCUAGACGAUGUUAUAAAUUCUGAUUAAAAGUUUUUAUUGUCAUAAUUUAA